GCCUAUUAUCUGGACGUAUAACAGUUGUUUGUUCCUAUUCUCAGAAGUGACAAUGUUAUUCCACCCAGCGAGUUGAGACACCAGGACCAAAGAUGCAGCGUGUUAAAGGCUUUUAUAGCCUCCUUUUCCCCAUCAAGAACAAGGCGAGCACUUACUCUGCCUAAGGAUUAGAUCUCAUGGUGAUAAUUUAGAACCGUGUGCUGAUUGUGGGCAUCGGCAUUGGUUCAAGAUCGUGGAGUCUACCGAGUAUAUGGCCUCAGGGGUUACCAGACUGCAAUGAAGGCCAGCUGGCACCAGCACUAUCCCGCAUCAGCCACCUGUCCCGCAAUUAGUGCUUUCAAGCGAACUUCCACCACUCCUCACAAGUUGAACUGCAACCUCCCCAGGAAUGGAAUUGAAUUCUGCAAAACCAAGUCUCUCGCUCUAAUCACCUGUCACUCAUUUGGGCAGUUCACGCGGCCCCGGCUCACCCUCCGUCCGCCAUGCCGCCCCUCCCACCAACGCCCCGCAUCAUCACGUAUUACCAAACCCACCAUGACCCUUCGGGCAAGCCCAUCAGCGUCCUCCCCCUGCUCACCGAGCCGGGGAUCGGCCUGACCCACCUGAUCCUCGCAGCCAUCCACAUCAACCAAGACCCGGCGGCCCUGACGCUCAACGACCACCCGCCCUCGCACCCGCGCUUCACCACCCUCUGGGCCGAGCUGCGCGUCCUCCAGGCCUCGGGCGUCAAGGUCCUGGGCAUGCUGGGCGGCGCCGCGCCGGGGACGUACGCUCGCCUGGACGGCGACCGGGCCGUCUUCGAGGCCUACUACGCGCCCGUGCGCGACCUGGUGCGGGCGCGCCGCCUCGACGGCCUCGACCUCGACGUCGAGGAGCCCAUGUCGCUGGGCGGCAUCGUGCGCCUGAUCGACCGCCUGCGGGCGGACUUUGGUCCCGCCUUCAUCAUCACCCUGGCGCCCGUGGCGGCGGCGCUGGUCACGCCCGCGAGGAACCUCAGCGGUUUCGCGUAUGGGGCGCUGGAGGCGCUGCGCGGGCGGGAGAUUGCCUGGUAUAAUGCGCAGUUCUAUUGCGGGUGGGGCGAUUGCAGUAAUACGCUCAUGUACGGGGCGCUGAUGGCUAUGGGAUGGCCUGCGCGCAAGGUCGUCGUUGGGGUCGUGACUAACCCGGAGAACGGCUCUGGCUACGUGCCGUGGGAUGUCCUGGCCUCGGUCAUUCCCGCGCUGGCGGACAGGUAUCCGGGGUUCGGGGGGGUCAUGGGCUGGGAGUACUUCAAUGGCUUGCCUGGCGGGAGGGAGAGGCCGUGGGAGUGGGCGGAGUUGAUGACUGCGCUGCUGAGGAGGAUGCCGCUCCCGGUGGAGGCUGUUGCGGCCAAGGCGGGUGUGCUUGCGGAUGAGGACGAGAUGGGAGGUGAUGCGCCGUUACCUCGAUCGUUCGAGUAUCACUCGGAUGGCCUGGACGGCGAAUGACAUUCUCUCGAAACGGGGCCGCCUGCCAGUAGUGAUGCCACGAGGCGAGGACCCAGACACAUACUCUCUGAAUUCCUACAAGAGGUAGAGUACCAUGAUUAGUGAGCUGGGUCAUGAUCCCAGGAGUCUGGCCUAGUCAACUAGGUCGAUGGUCUUCAACUGAUCAGGUUCCUACCCUAGC